AUGUUUGGGUUUUCUCUUUUGACUCCAGGAGAUAAUGAUCAUUCUUUUAAAGCUGCCUUAUUAGAAUUUGAUAAUGAAUUCAAGUUGAUUGCAGAUCCAUCUUGGAAUGGUGUCGAUGUAAAUGCAGCCAUGUUCAUGGAAGAGCACUUAAAAGAAACCAAUGCAAUCCUAUUAUCACAUUCAACAGCAGAAUUUAUCAGUGGGUUUAUACUAUUGUGUAUAAAGUUCCCAAUUUUGAUGUCCAGUAUACCUGUUUAUUCGACAUUACCCGUCAACCAGUUGGGGAGAGUUUCUACAGUGGAAUAUUAUCGUGCUAUGGGAUUUUUGGGUCCUGUGGACUCGGCUAUACUUGAGUUAGAUGAAGUGGACAACUGGUUUGAUAAAGUCAAUUUAUUAAAGUAUCAACAAUCAUUGAAUUUAUUUGACAAUAAGGUGGUGGUCACGCCCUAUAAUGCAGGGCAUUCAUUGGGAGGCACAUUUUGGUUAAUCACGAAAAGAAUAGAUCGGGUAAUUUAUGCACCAGCUUGGAAUCAUUCAAAGGACUCUUUUCUAAACAGUGCUUCCUUUAUCUCGCCAUCAACUGGUAACCCACAUUUACUGCUAUUGAGGCCAACAGCUUUCAUCACUGCUACAGAUAUGGGAUCGGUGAUGUCACAUAGGAAAAGAACCGAGAAAUUUUUGCAAUUGGUGGAUGCCACAUUAGCUAAUGGUGGUGCUGCAGUAUUACCAACAUCUUUAUCAGGAAGGUUUUUAGAAUUGUUUCAUUUGAUCGAUGAACAUUUAAAGGGUGCACCAAUACCGGUGUAUUUCCUUUCUUAUUCUGGAACUAAAAUAUUAACGUAUGCGUCUAAUCUAUUGGAUUGGAUGUCCAAAAGCUUCACUAAAGAAUGGGAAGAAUUAUCCAGUGUCCCUUUCAACCCUUCAAAAGUUGAUUUGUUGCUAGAUCCAAGUGAAUUGUUAAAACUAAGUGGUCCCAAAAUUGUGUUUUGCUCUGGUAUAGAUUUGCGAAGUGGUGAUAUAUCUGCCGAGGCCUUCCAAUAUUUAUGUAACGAUGAACACACGACAAUUAUUUUGACAGAAAAGACGACGAUGAACUUUGCUAGUAGUUUGAGCUCAGUACUCUACACUGAAUGGGACUCGUUAGCUAAAAAAAGAGGAGGCGGAGAGUCUGAAGACGGUAUUGCUGUGCCCAUAGAUAAAAAUAUUUCGUUGAAAAAUUGGACAAAGGAAGUAGAGUUAACAGGUACAGAGUUGACAGAGUUUCAAGAAAAGGUGGCUCAGAAAAGAAAAGAAAAAUUAUUAGCCAAAGUGAGAGAUCAAAAGAAUCAGAAUAUUUUAAGUGCCGAUACCGUAGAUUCAGAAGACUCUUCUGAUGACGAUGACGAGGGAGACAAUGAAGCAGAAAAGCAAAAAGGCAAUACUUCUAGUAACUUGCUAAUCAAACAAUACCAGAAUAUCAAUGUCGCAGAUUCUAAUGUUGCUCCUAACGAAGUCAACCCUCUUGCUACUCAUGAAGCAUUCAUCACAGAUCAUAUUAAACAAAGCUUGGAAAAGAACUUACCCAUCGAUUUGAAGAUAACUCACAAGUUGAGACCUAGACAAGCGACGUUCCCAUACUUUGCCACUGCGCACAAGCAAAAAUUUGAUGAUUAUGGAGAAGUGAUCAAGAUUGAAGAUUACCAAAGACAUGAUGAAGUCUCACACAGUAAAAUUAUAAUGGAAGGCAAGCGAAAAUUCGAUGAAAAAAGAACCGCCAACAAUAGAAGAAACAAGAAUCAAAACAAACAACAGGCAAACAAAUUGACGCCACAGGAACAAGUUAAUCGAAAAUUGCUUCAGAAAUACCUAGACACAUUGUCUAAUCCUAAGAAAAGAGUCAGCUUAAAUUAUGGAACAAAGAAGAAGAGUGAAACACAAAAGUUGAAAGUUAGAUGCGGAUUGUCAUUUGUGGAUUUAUCAGGACUUGUAGAUUUACGUUCAUUGGGGAUUAUUGUACAAGCAUUGAAACCUUACAAUUUGAUAUUAUUACCUGAUUAUACACCACUGCAGAACUUGACUCGUGUACAAGAGUUUUUUGCCAAUCAACAAAAUGAGCAAUUGCAGGAGCAAACAAAAAAGAAUUUAGCUCAGUCGUCGAGGUAUUUAUCUCUUGUAUCGAUAAGAGAUGGUCUUUCCAGUGCCAUGUCGCCUUAUUCAAGUGGUAACAUGAAUGUUAUGGUUGUUCAUGACAAUGAAUCAGUUAAAAUAGGAGCCGAAUCAGAGUCAGGAAGUAUUGGCAUCAAUAACUUUGAAGUGAAUUUGGAUGAUUCUAUUGUCAAAGAUUUGAAAUGGCAAAAGAUUGGUGAUGACUACAAAGUUGCUAAAUUGUAUGGAGAAUUAGAACUUCAGAAUCAAUUUCCAGCUGCUAAAAAGACAAGAACUUUGCAGGAUUACAUUAAUUCAAACACCCAUUUCUCAUUAAGAAAGUUAGAUGGAACCACCGCUGUGAAAAGACAGGAAACAAUAGCCAACCAAGUACAAGAUCCAAAAAUACGAGCAUUGAUAACAAACGGGCCCAAGUUGGCUAUAGGGAACAUUCGAUUGCCAGACUUGAAAAAGAAAUUACAAAACUUGAAUAUGACAGCUGAAUUCAAAAGUGAGGGUACAUUGGUGGUAAAUGACAUUUUAGCAGUCAGAAAGAUCGCCUAUGGAUUAGUUGAAAGCGAUGAAUCUGGUGAUAUAGUAAUAGAUGGUAAUGUUGGUCCAUUGUAUUAUAAAGUCAAAGAAUGCAUAAGGGAAAUGCUAGCAUAUGUAUAG